CACGGUGAGAAGGGCUACAACCACGACGUCAACCACGAUGAAACAAAGAUGCAUGAACUGCAGGGCUACAACCACGACGUCAACCACGAUGAAACAAAGAUGCAUGAACUGCAUCAAACGUAUGGAACUCUGCUGAGCGAGGAACAAAAUCUGAAGAUUCGAGUGACUAUCCAUCAAAUUUUGGCAGUCGACUUGGACCAAGAAACGUUCACCAUGGAACUGGAUGUUUGUUUCAGGUGGAAAGAUCCCAGGCUGAGGAAUGCGAAAACCAGAGUGUGGUUGCCUCGUGAGUCCACCUUGAAGGGGCGACGAACAUGCGAAGGUGGUACCUGUUAUUGCCGUGGUGGCCUAAGGGGUCAACGUUGCAGCAAACUGCCUUUCGUGCUGGGCAUCUUCAAAGAAGAGAAGGGCAAAGACUACAUCAAGGUCGAAGACAAGAAUGGUGGUUACCAUGACUGGCAGUUGCUCUCGAGCUUCAUUUACAAAGAGGAGCCGAACUUCAGUGAUCUCGGACAGUUGUUCCGAGGCGACAGGGGAGGUUCUUCCAUCGUGAUCUUCUCAAAGCUGAUGGAAGAGCCCACGGUGCUGAACGAUUUCCAACGUCUCAGCAACGGCGAAACUGGUGAAACCGUUUUUUUCCGGAAGCUGAGAGCAGAUUUCAAGGAAAACAUGGAACUGGAACACUUUCCCUUCGACCGGCAGCUGCUUCAAUUCACCAUUACAGCAAGCAUGCCUGCCUCGAUGUUGAAGCUUGAGGUGGAUGAGAAGGUGAACUCCGUUUGCCGUGUGAAAGAUUUGCCCGAGUACAAGGUGGACAAGGAGCAGAAUGAGGCAGUCGGAAUAUUGAAAGAAAAGACCACAGCUGCCAAUGUCAACAACAAACAGUAUUCCCAAGUGAAGGUGAUGGUGCAUUUGCAAAGAAAACCGCAAAAGUACAUGGUGAACAUCGUCUUCAUGGUCUAUAUGCUGGUCUUUGCGUCUUGCAGUAGCUUCGUGAUCCCAUUGGAGAAAACAGGCCCUUUUAGGGAUGCCGGAUGGACUUUUGGAUGGCCGGAGGAACAAACUGAUGGUUCAGGGUAUGGUUUUUCAUGGAAACAAAUGAGGUCAUUCAGCAUCAAAACAUGUCAAAACACCUGUGAGGUGAAAGGUGUGGUGAUUUGGGAGGAGUACCCAGUGUACCAUUUGGAUGUGGGUGUUAUGAUGUUUUAUGAUGUUUUAUGUUUGGACGCCGGGAUUGACUUCCCAAGUCGUUCGUUCUUAUCCAGCAGAUCGUUUUUCCCCAACAGCGUAAGCUUGGGGUCUUCAGCCAUAGUAAAGGUUCCGGAGCAGGUCGGAGCAGCCAAAUCCGCUGAGAACCGGGUUCCCAAAAAGGUUCCCAGGAAGAGUUUCCUUUUCCAAGAGAAUCCUUCGGAGCCAGAUCGGCAUGGCGCAAGGUUGGGAACCGGGUUCCCAGGAAGAGGUUCCCAAGCAAGGUUACUAGGCAAGGUUACCAGGAACAGACUCCCAAGCAAGGGUUCCCAGCAAGAGGUUCCCAAGCAAGGUUCCCAGGAACAGGUUCCCAAGCAAGGUUCCCAAGCAAGGGCUCCUAGCAAGAGGUUCCCAAGCAAGGUUCCCAGGAACAGGUUCCCAAGCAAGGUUCCCAGGCAAGGUUACCAAGGGUUCCCAAUGUUAUCAGGAAGGUUCCCAGGCAAGGUUCCCAAGGGGUUCCAAGCAAGGUUCCCAGGAACAGGUCCCAAGCAAGGGUUCCCACACAAGGGUUCCAAAGCAAGGGUUCCCAGGAACACGUUCCCAAGCAAGGUUCCCAAGCAAGGGUUCCCAGCAAGAGGUUCCCAAGCAAGGUUCUCAAGCAAGGUUCCCAGGACGAGGUUCCCAGGAACAGAUUCCCAAGCAAGGGUUCCUAGCAAGAGGUUCCCAAGCAAGGUUCCCAGGUUACCAUGCAAGUUCCUUCCCAGGCAAGGUUCCCAAGCAAGGUUCCCAGGAACAGGUUCCCAAGCAAGGUUUGCAGGAAGAGGCUCCUAG